AUGGGCAGCAGCCCGAGGAAGGCUUGGCUAAGCACUGCAGGAUCUGGCUCCAGUGUUAGCCCCACCUUCUCCCACCCCAGCAGGAUGGAGGGGCCCUGGGCACUGAGCUUCCUGCUGCUGGCCUGCCUGCUGCUGCCCGACUCCACGCUGAGCCAGCCCAGCCACCCCGAGGAGGAGCAGGGAGAGGCAACGCGGGCACCGUCCCACCGCCACGCUGCCAGGGCCGAACGGGACCACGAGAAAUAUCAUCGCAACCUGGACAAGCAGCCUCCCCGCUCCCAGUGCGUGCGCUGCUGCGACCCCCCCACGCACUCCUCUGCCUACCCCAUGUACCAGCCCCUGCCCCACAUCAACAUCACCAUCCUAAAAGGUGAGAAAGGAGACAGGGGCGAGCGAGGCCUGCAGGGAAAGUUUGGCAAAGCCGGAUCGGCAGGCAGCAGGGGCCACACGGGGCCCAAGGGCCAGAAGGGGAGCAUCGGGGCCAUGGGGGAGGCAUGCAAAAGUCACUACGCCGCGUUCUCCGUGGGCCGCAAGAAGGCUCUGCACAGCAACGACUACUACCAGACGCUGCUCUUCGACACCGAGUUUGUCAACCUCUACGACCACUUCAACAUGUUCACGGGCAAGUUCUACUGCUACGUGCCCGGCAUCUACUACUUUGCGCUCAACGUGCACACCUGGAACCAGAAGGAGACCUACCUGCACAUGGUGAAGAACGGGGUCGAGGUGGUGAUCCUCUAUGCCCAGCAGAGCGACCGGAGCAUCAUGCAGAGUCAGAGCGUCAUGCUGGAGCUGCAGGAGCAGGACGAGGUCUGGGUGCGUCUCUUCAAGGGCGAGCGGGAGAACGCCGUCUUCAGCGACGAGUACGACACCUACGUCACCUUCAGCGGCUACCUGAUCAAGCACAGCGGGGAGCUGUGA